UCCUGCUCCGUCGGAACGGGCAGCCGCUGCAUUCCCCCUCCCUCCCCACCCCCUCCACCCUCGCAGCUAGGGUUUGCUCCCAAUCCAACGCCUCCGCCAUGGCCAAGACGAAGCAGGGGAAGCGGGACGUCGACGCCUACACCAUCAAGGGCACCAACAAGGUGGUCCGAGUGGGGGACUGCGUGCUGAUGCGGCCGGCGGACACGGACAACCCGCCGUACGUGGCGCGGGUGGAGCGGAUGGAGUCGGAUGGGCGCGGCGGCGUGCGGGUGCGGGUGCGCUGGUACUACCGCCCCGAGGAGGCCAAGGGCGGCCGCCGCCCGUUCCACGGCGCCAAGGAGCUCUUCCUCUCCGACCACUUCGACACGCAGAGCGCGCACACCAUCGAGGGCAAGUGCGUCGUCCACUCCUUCAAGAACUACACCAAGCUCGACAACGUCGGGCCUGAGGAUUUCUACUGCCGAUUCGACUACAAGGCGGGCAGCGGCGCAUUCACCCCCGACCGUGUCGCCGUGUAUUGCAAGUGUGAGAUGCCAUACAACCCGGAUGACCUCAUGGUGCAGUGUGAGGGAUGCAAGGACUGGUUCCAUCCAUCCUGUAUGGGAAUGACCAUUGAGCAGGCCAAAAAGAUAGAUCACUACAUGUGCUCGGACUGUGCUAAAGAAAAUGGUGCAAAGAGAACCUCAAAUUCAUACCCAGUUCCACCAAACUCUGAUUCUAAGAUUGAAGCAAAGAGGCGCAAGAGAUAAAUGCUGUAACAGAAACAUCCCUGGCAAGGAAAUGCGCUGUUUAUGGCGCCAGCUCUUCGUUGCUGGUGCAGAUUUAAGCUGUGGAGAUGUACAACUGUGAGAGAAGAGCCAGUUCAUUUGUAGGACAAAAUCGUGUUUGACUUAUUGUUCUGCUGUGUAUCCUGGGGACGUUUCCUGCAGUUUAGAACAUUAGAGUGGUGAGUAGGUUAAUUUCCCCGCGGCUGCGCAACGCGCGAUCAGCCACAUGAGGCGGGGAAAGAAUUCGAGAAAUGCUAGAAUGCUGCUGACUUUGUCGAUGUAACCGUAUCAGUGUGUGUUUAACAUAUUCCCCUGCCGGAAACGUUCCCUUGUGUGAAUGAUGUUGAUGAUAGCUGACUGUUUCAUAAUUUAAUUAGAUGUUGCGAAGAGUUUACAAA